AUGGCCUCAUCAAUCUAUGUCAACAAUAAUAAUAAUGGCAUAUACUUACCGCCAACGCCAACGCCAACACCAUCAACUCCACAUAUACAUGGCAAUACAUCAACUACAACAACAUCAAUAGGUGCCACUGCUGCAUUGCCAGCGGCAUCAACAUCAACAACAUAUCAGAUACAUGGUAGACCACAACAACAAAUGCCACUUGAUCAAAUGCCUGGCACCCAUCAAUUCGCCAUCCAUCAGACACAGCUCAGCAGCAAUGACUCUCAACCAUCAUCAUCAUCUCCACUACUCCAACAUCAUCAUCACCACCAUCAUCAUCAUCAACACCAACAAGUAUUAUCACAUGAUCAUGAUCAUGACCAUGACCAUGACCAUCAUCAUCAUCACUACAUCAACGAACAACAUCAAAUAACCAAUACCAAUGAAUAUGAUCAAGAUAUAUCUGGCAAUAUGAGUACAUACUCAGCAGACAUGAUAGACAAUGUUGGAUAUACCACAGCCAUUGGCGACAGGAUCGAUAAUCAGGACAGCUUCUUCAUUAACCAAAUAGAUGGAAAGGAUAUAUUAAUGCUUGGCGUAUUCGAUGGACAUGGUAACCUUGGCGAUCAAGCCUCAGUAAUUGCCAAUGAGAUAAUCAAUCAACAUUUGACAAAUAGUUUCGAUACAGACACUCCAUUGGACGAAUCUAUAAUGGAGUCAUUUUCACAGGCCAAUCAUACAUUGAUUGAGGAAGGACAGAGACAGGGCUUUGAUAAUGGUACGACGGCAACGGUGGCCAUUGUUGAGAAGGAUCGUUUGACAGUUGGAUGGGUCGGAGACUCUGGUGCAGUGCUAUGUCGCUAUGAUUCAUAUCGUCAGGCCUACCACUGCAUGGCGUUGACAUCAGAUCAUCGUCCAGAGAACAAGGCCGAACGUGCACGUAUUGAAGCUGGAAAUGGACGUGUUGUCAACCGAUACAGUGUAUGGAGACUGGUGCCCAGCGAGCAAGACUACACCGACGCCGACAUUGUCCGCGGUCGACUGGCACUCAACAUGAGCCGAUCACUAGGACAUUAUAUACUGAGUCAGUACGGGCUGUCUGCGCGACCCGACAUCAACACGGUAAACAUCUAUCCCAACGACAUAUUGAUCGUUGCAAGUGAUGGACUGUGGAAUGCCAUGGACCUCUGUAAAGUAGAAUCAAUCCUGUCCAAGCUUCACAACGCCUCACUUCUCCAACUACGCAACAGCAACGAUGGUGCCAACGAUGGUGGCAUGUCCUACGAGUCAAUCAAUACCCAAACUAUAACUGAACAUUUGUCAAGGGAAGCACAAAGGAUAUGUGCCAAGGACAAUGUAGAGUGUGACAACGUUACGAUAUGU